CGUCUCAGUUCUGCACCUACACCAUCAUGGAGAACGAAACCAAAGAAAUCCUGUCAAUAGUCAACAUUGACAAGGGAGAGACGCAGAGGAGUUCUGUGAUGAUGGAGAGAGAAGGCUUCAUCAGGAGCUUUGACCAAAUCCACCAAGAGGUUAAACUCAGUGAAGUUUGCACAGAUUCACGGUCACAGAUAUCCGCUCUAUUCGACCCAGUCAAAGGACAGUAUAAGGACAGCGGCGUGCUGCACACUCUGGACAUGUGGCAUGGUUCCAAAAACUUGGCCAAGAAGAUGCAUGCAGCAGGGCAGCAAAAGGGUUGUUCCGUCCUGCUGCAGUGGAUCAAAGAUAUCUGCAACUACUUCUGGUUCUGCUGCAAGAUGACUGAAAACUAUGAAAACUUUUAUGACAUGUGGGCUGGCCUUCUUAACCAUGUGACAGGAGAGCACGAGUGGCCCCUGCACGCCGGUCAGCGUCCGUCCGGGGACCGCAGAGACCAGGCCUGGAUAGAAAACGGCUCCGUGGCCCAUCAGGCGUUAUCGGAAAUUAUUCUGAAUCAACGCUGGCUUAGGGAAGUACACAAGUACUUGCACUUUAGGUCAACGGCUGAGCUGGAAUCUUUCCAUAACCACAUCCUGAUGUAUGCCAGCAAACACUUCAGUUUCAGCCGUCCGGUCUAUGAAGCCCGGAUCUUCCUGGCUGGCCUGGAUUACAACCACCAUGUUCACAGACCGCCCAGAGAAAACCCGACGGCUCCGUAGAAUAUCGCAAACUUUACAACAGGAAAUCCAGAAAGUGGUGUUUGUAUGCUAUAAAGGAGGAAAAGAACUACGGCUACAUCCCACAGAUUCAGAGGGCCAUUGUAGGGAAGCGGGUGGCGUCGGGGCGAGGUUUCCCUCGCCUGACUGCUGUGACGCGGAAUGACCCUCGUCAGUACGGCGUGCUGUUCGUUGCUCCAGCUUCCAGCACACAGCAGCCAUUAAAGUCACAAGCCAGCAGGGGCCAGAAUGUUCCCCAGAUUGUGGUUGCUCUAGAAGAGGCUGUUGAAGAGCCGAUUCCUGCCGUGGACCAGCAGAAACCAGAAGCUCUCCGCAUCAAGGAGGAACCAGAUGAUGAAUCUCAGUUCUCACUGCUUCAUCAGAAACGAGCAGAAGGCCGCUGUCUUCCAGCCAGCAGCUCCGAUGACAAGAUGGAGACCGACGAAGAGGAAUCCAGCAGGAACCCAGAGCUACAUUCUCGUCAGGACGCUCAUGAAGAAACGAAUCCAGGUGCGGACCAUCAGGAUCCAAAGCUGCUUCACAUCAAGCAGGAAGAGGAAGAACCUUGGACCGGCCUGGAGGGAGAGCGCCUCAGUGAGAAGCAGACCGAUCCAUUUCCACUAAAUGUCGUUCUUGUGAAAAGUGAGCAUGAAGAGAAACCUCUGUUCUCACACCUU